AUUUAUUCUAGUCAUAGACUCAUAGUGGCUCUUAAUAAUGAUAUGAUAUGGGUUAAGCUUGUUGUUACUGUGUGUGGUAGAACCGUCAUACCGCCAUUGUAAUUUUAUAUUGUAAUUUUAUAACGUUUUAUAACGGAGUGACAUUGGGGGGUUUCUAUUGUUGGGUUAGAAGACGAGAACACAUCGUUCCCACAAACAUCGCCAAAGUUGCACGAUCCUUGAUGCCUUGACGGUGGUCCGAUGUCAGAGGGUGUAGUACCGGGAAACACUCAGACAUUCAAGUCAGGAGCUAACAAAUGUAGGAGACAUUCUAGGGUUAGAAAAUGUCUACGAUGAGUGUUGGUAGUCUUAAACUUAUAUAACCUUGAAAUUGUGAUGUUGAGCUUGAAUCAUCCAAAAGUCUUGUCCUGCCUUUAAUACACAUGCGUCGGUGCAAACCGAAGCACAAGGAAAUUUUCAUUUCAUAAUUUUUCAUUAGUAACAAAUAAAAGGAAUGAACACUAAUGUCAUGUUUGGAUAUUUUAAAACGAACUGAACGGAAAUGAGCGGAAUGGAUCAAAGUGGAUUAGAGGUUUCGUUUCUCAUUCCCCCUAUACUACAUUUUAUCACAUUUAGUCGAUCCAAACAAAACCUAGUGUUUGAAUGGGGAGACCAACUUCAUAAAAAAUUCCGAGUACAAACUAAUGAAAUUGUCAAAUUUGUUUCUUCUCUUCUAUUUUCCUUCUUCAUGUCUUCCACAAACCAAACAUAGCUAAAAUCACAACUCACCGGAAUUUUUAUUUUUAUUUUUUGAAAAAAAAAGUCUCGUCACAAUGACAGAUCCUUCACACCACCAUUGUUAAGUUGCCAGUUGCACCACAGUCCCUAUCAUCGUCCACAAGCAGAGGUACUAAAAUGGAGGAGUUAUCAAAAAACCAAAUUUUUGCUGUUCACGGGAUUGCCAGUGCUGGGUCAAUAGCUUUAGCCACGGCUUUCACUUAUCCUCUUGAUACUAUCAAAGUCCUCAUUCAGGUUGGUUCUAGUGCUGGUAAAGAAUUGAAUGCUAACCAGGUUGUCACGAGGGUAAUCUCUGUGUCUGGUAAUGCAGGUAUGUUUGGUGGAUUUAGUUGGUUGGCAUUUGGGAGGGUUUUUGGUCUAGGAACACGAUUUGGGGUUUAUGAGAUUUUGACAGCCGUUUGUAAGGAUGGUCGGGAAGAUAAUUAUGUCACUGCUUCUGAGGCUCUUUUGGCUGGCAUGGUUGCCGGUGCCGCAGAGACUUUCAUAAGCUCUCCAUUUGAACUCAUUAAGCUUCGUGUCCAGGUUGCCUCCGCUUCAUAUGUUCCAAACUCUAACUUUGCUUUGGAAGAGGGGGCUCGCAAACCGCUAAUUACAAGAUUACUCAAUGGCUGCUAUCCAGACAAGAGGUCUUUGAAUCAAUAUGUUGGUCUCAUGUCAACCCUAACAACCAAGAACACCAACAUAACAGGUGCUUUACUUGAGCAUCCAUGGGCAAUGACAGGAUCUGGGAGGCCACCAUCAGUUUGCAAUGUGAAAAGGCCAUCAGAUAUUAUAUCUUUGGAAGGAUGGAGCACAUUGUGGAGAGGUCUCCGUUCUGGAAUAGUUCGAGAUUCUGUCUUUGGUGGCAUAUUUUUUUCAAGUUGGCAAUUUUUGCACCAAGCAAUGCUUGAUUGGAAGGCCGUAGGAAUGAAUCCUCCACCCAGGUUAAAUGAAGAAGUUGGUCCGUUGUCUCCUUGGGCCGUUAGUCUUGCUGCUGGAUUUUCUGCUUCAGUUGCUGCCGCUGCUUCUCAUGGUUUUGAUACUGCUAGAAGUAGAUCACAAUGUACUGUGCUUCCAAAGUAUGUUUCAAUGGAGAGAAAGUUACUAAAAUGGAAACGUCCAGGAAACAAGUUUGAAAGGUUUACCGGAAUCCAUCCUUCUGACAGAAGUGUCUUGUUCCGUGGUCUCGGGUUGCGGAUGGCCCGCUCUGGUAUUGCUUCGUUCAUGAUUGUAGGAAGUUAUUUAUUCGCUGUCGAUCAUCUUGCCUCUAGAUUGACUUAGUUGCCACAAAUUGUAACCCAUUUUUUGUUACUAGUUAGUAGUAAAGUGAAAAUAGAAAGGAGAUAAUAUUUGAUCCUUACCAUAAUUCAAUUUCAUACUGCUGUGAAAUAGAUACUCAAAUACAAUUGUUAUUAUAUGUAAUGUAAUAAAGUUUCUUGUACCAAGUAGAUUUGCAAUACAAAGACAUGUUAUUUGGUUGUAAA